AUGGCGUGCCCGCACAUCGAGUCCAUAGCUUCAGCGCUGCAGCCGCCGGCGCCCUCUAACUCCGUCUACCGCGAAGACUGUACCCAGUGCUUUGACUCUAUUGACGACCCUGCCGGUCUCGAUGUCUGUCUCCAAUGUUUCAACGGCGGUUGCGCCGGCGACCGCAACCACGCUCAGCUCCACAGACAGCUCUGGAACCACCCCCUCGUCCUCAACAUCCGUCGUACUCGCAAGCUCGUCGUCCGAGACGAGCCCCCCCUGAAGAUGUCCAAGCUAGCCAUCGCCGCCGAAACCGAGGCCGACCGAUACGAUACCAAGACCGUCGUCAAGUGCCUUGACUGCAAUCAGGGGCUCGACCACUCCACCGAGAAGCUUGCUCCCAUCGUCGAUGGUAUCAUGAAAGCCAACACCUUCUCCCGCAAGGAAGAGGUCAAGGCCUGGGAGCAGGAGCUGACCAGCUGUGAGCACAUCCUCUUGAUGCAGCAGGCCGAGUCUCGGACCAUCCAGUCUGGCGAUCUCGGGCAUUGCUCCGCCUGCGACUUGCACGAGAACCUGUGGCUCUGCUUGGACUGCGGGAACCUGGGCUGUGGAAGGAAGCAGAUGGGUGGUGUUGACGGCAAUUCCCACGCCCUCGCCCACUCCCAACAGUCUGGCCACGGCGUUGCAGUCAAGCUGGGGUCCAUCACGCCCGAGGGAACCGCCGACGUCUACUGCUACAAGUGCGACGAGGAGCGCAUCGACGACGACCUAGGCAAGCACCUGGCUCACUGGGGCAUCAACCUGGCGAACCAGCAGAAGACGGAGAAGAGCUUGACCGAGAUGCAGAUCGAACAGAACCUGCGCUGGGACUUCAGCAUGACCACGGAGGACGGCAAGGAGCUGAAGCCGCUGUUCGGCCCCGGCUUGACCGGCCUCAAGAACCUGGGCAACAGCUGCUACCUCGCCAGCAUCGUCCAGUGUCUCUUCGAUACCCCCGCCUUCAAGAACCGCUACUACUUGCCCGAUCGCGACCUGCCCAACGUCCAGGAGCCCGCGGCCGACCUUGAGACGCAGCUCCGCAAGAUGGCCGAUGGCUUGCUCUCUGGCCGCUACUCCAAGGCCGACUCCGACCUUGUCGCAUCUGAACACUCCCCCGAGAUCGCGCACCAGAAGGGCCUGGCCCCGGCCAUGCUGAAGCAUCUCAUCGGCCGAGGCCAUGCCGAAUUCUCCACCAUGCGCCAGCAGGACGCCUUCGAGCUGCUGCAGCACAUAUUCAAGCUCGUCUCCCGCUCUCAGCACCCCUCGGACCUGGGCGACCCCACCUCGCCUUUCCGUUUCACUCUGGAGCAGCGCUUGCAGUGUCUCGGCUGCAAAAAGGUGCGGUACUCGUCCAACGAGCAGGACAACAUCUUUAUCGACGUUCCUCUGGAGAAGGAGCCGGUCGCCGAGGGCUCCGAGACCCAGGGAGACGCAUACAAGGCCGUGACCCUGAAGGAGUGUCUCGACAACUUCACGGCCGAGGAGGUGGUGGAACUGACCUGCUCCUCCUGCGGCAGCAAGGACGGGUACACAAAGCGCUCUCUCUUCAAGACUCUCCCAGAGAACCUAGUCGUCAAUGCCAGGAAGAUGGCCGUCAUCAACUGGGUACCCGUCAAGAUUGAUGUUCCCGUUAUCGUGCCGGAUGAGCCCUUCCUCCUCGACGACUAUCUCUCCAAGGGCCUGCAGGCUUCGGAGGAGACGCUCCCCGACGAGCCCGAGAGCAGCGCUCCCGCGUUCGUCGCCAACGCCGAGGCUGUCAGUCAGCUGGAAGCCAUGGGCUUCGGCCGGAACCGUUGCGACCGAGCCUUGCAUGCCACCGGAAACUCGGACGCCAACGCGGCCAUGGAGUGGCUAUUCGCGCACAUGGAGGACCCCGACAUUGACGAGCCUCUUGUCUUGGACGGCGGCAGCGCUGCAGCGGGAGGAGGCGGCUCGGCCGAUCCGGAGAAGAUUGAGAUGUUGGGAGCCAUGGGCUUCUCCGUACCGCAGGCGAAGAAGGCGCUGCGUGAGACCAACGGUGAUGUGGAGCGCGCCGUCGAGUGGCUCUUUAGCCACCCGGAGGACCAGGGUAUCUUUGACGACGACGACGUCGCUCCGGCCGUCGGAUCCGAGUCUGCUGCUGCUCCCAAGAGCGAGGCUGGCAGCGCAGCCACCCCGGCCAAGUAUCAACUGCAGUCUAUUGCGUGCCACAAAGGCACCAGCAUCCACGCUGGACACUACGUGGCUUUCAUCCGCAAAGAGGUUGACGGCCACCCCCAGUGGGUUCUUUUCAACGACGAAAAGGUUGUCGAGGCAGGCGAGAUUGAGGAGAUGAGAAAGUUUGCCUACGUCUACUUCUUCAAGCGGGUUUAG